CCAUCCCUCCCCCUCCCUCUCCAUUUCUCCUCUCUUUCCCACUCCAUUUUACCUAAAAAAACCUCUUAUUUCCAGUCACCCACCUCUCUCUCUCUCUCUCUCUCUUAAAAAUACGUGCAUAUAGUGCAUGUAUAUGUGUCUUUGAUCCGAAUUGGGACCCUAGUUUUUCUCCGGUGAGAUCCGAACUUUCCGGGGAGCUUCUCCGGCAUCCGAUGCUCGACUCUCCGGUAAGGUUCUCUGAUAAAUUUAGUUUCUUUAUCAGGAAAUGUUAGAUCAGUUCGUUUUGGUUCGCGUCCGAUCCAAGACCUGGUUCCACAAGAGGAAAAAGAUCCCCUAACUCUCUAACUUGAAUCUCUGUGACUCUGAAAGUUUAUCGAAUUUGUAUCAUAUCUCGCAGUUUUGCACUUGUACAGUUCGUUUAGUUAGGGUUGGGUUUUCUUUUGUGUUCUAUUAGUUUGUACAGUUAGAAUCGAAUUAGGGCUGAAUUGGACUAAUUUUGUGGGGGAGGGGUUUUGAAAGUGGCGAAGAUGAAUUUGAGUGCGGCCGAGGAAGAAUCGUCGGGGCAAGAGAUUCAUAUCCCGGCCGAUAUCGAUUGGGAAAUGCUUGACAAAUCGAAGUUUUUCUUCCUCGGCGCCGCCCUCUUUUCGGGGGUAUCUGCGGCUCUUUAUCCGGUUGUUUUAUUGAAAACUAGGCAACAAGUAGCUCAAACCCAAGUUUCUUGUAUCAAGACUGCUCUUUCGAUUGUAACGAAUGAAGGGUUUCGGGCAUUGUAUAGAGGGUUUGGGACUUCCCUGACGGGCACAAUCCCUGCCCGGGCGCUUUAUAUGGGGGCGCUAGAGGUCACGAAGAGUAAUGUGGGAACAACCACAGUUGGAUUAGGGUUUUCAGAGCCUGCAGCAGCAACAAUUGCCAAUGCAGCUGCAGGGCUGAGUGCAGCAAUGGCUGCACAGCUUGUUUGGACCCCUAUUGAUGUUGUUAGCCAAAGACUGAUGGUUCAAGGUGGUGUUGCUUGUCAUGGUAAUUCGAGUUCGGGUGUUGGUAAUGCAUCAUCAGCUUGUAAAUAUGUUAAUGGGAUAGAUGCAUUUAGGAAGAUUUUGAGUACGGAUGGGCCAAGGGGGUUGUAUAGGGGGUUCGGGAUAUCAAUUUUGACGUAUGCGCCGUCAAAUGCUGUGUGGUGGGCAUCUUACUCUGUUGCGCAAAGGGUGAUUUGGAACGGAAUUGGGUGUUACUUUUGCAAGAAACAUGAAGAUGAAAAUGGGUUGAACAUGAUUCGGCCGGAUUCAAAAACGGUAAUGGCAGUUCAGGGAGUAAGUGCAGCCUUGGCGGGUGGUAUAUCAGCUUUAAUUACAAUGCCACUUGAUACAAUCAAGACCAGGUUACAAGUUUUGGAUGGGGAAGAAAAUGGGCGUCGAGGACCGACUGUUGCACAGACGGUUAGGAAUUUGGUCAGGGAAGGCGGUUGGAUGGCUUGUUACAGAGGACUGGGGCCUCGGUGGGCUUCAAUGUCAAUGUCUGCAACAACAAUGAUCACCACCUAUGAGUUUCUGAAGCGGAUGUCGACGAAGAGUCAAGAGGCUUUGACAUGAUGAACCACAUAGGUACAAUGAAAAAACAUAAAAGGAAGAAAAAUAGAAGAGGUUUUUUUUUUUUUUUUUGGUCUUUUGUCUAAAUCCUGUUUAUUUUCUCUUACUUGUUUCUGUUCUAGCCCGCCUGACUGGUUGGUUAAUCUGUGUAAAGUGCUGGCAGGGCUUUAAUAUAUAUAUAUAUGAAAUAAUUUCUUUCCUCCACUA